GAACACACAUUAACCCAAGCACCCAAUUGGCAAAGGGUGAUAUGUGAUUACUGGCUCAGGACAUGAAUUGUGUUUUGGACUUCAGCUUCCAGGUAAGAGAGGACAAGGCUGAGUAAGGCAAACCAAUGCUUUUGGACAUCAUCAUAUCACCUACACCACUCUAGAAACAGCAAGGGAUGCAAAUUCUGUAGCAGAGCUGCUACCAAAAGCUUUGUAUCACUAUCAUCUUUGAGAUGCUUCUUGUAAAAGAGAUGUAAGCCAGCAGAGGGCCUAAAUGAGGUUUGAAUGUGCAGCAGGAAGUUGCUGUGAAGUAAAGUAAAAACCCAGCAAGACCUUGAAGCGGUGAGUUUAAAAAGUCUGGAAAGAAGAACUCCCAAGAUAAGGAUCUAUACACUGGUAUCUUCUACAAAACUCUAUAUUUCUCCAAGGGUAUAGUGUUACACUUAUACCGCUGACUUGUUUGGACAGAAAAAGGCCCAAGGACAGAAAAUGGGCACAAACAAAGAGUCUGAAAUCGAGGAGACGUCUCCACAGCUCGAAGAGGAAGAAGCAACUCAGAGGAGUUCCAGUUUACAGAGGAACUGCCCAGCCGAGAGCGAAGCAGAACAAACAGAAGAUGGAAACAACCCACUGAAUACGUAUAAGUGGCACACCGGGGCAAAGAGUGAGGGGGGGAGUCAGGGCACAUUCGAGAGGCUAGAGAAGGGAGCUGCAAAUAAAUGGUCCAAAAUGCAGAACUGGAGGAAAGCUCUGAGUGAAGACCCUGGUGAGAAGUCCUCCACAGCAGCAGCUAAAGGAGGAGAGAGCCCCACAAAGGCCGAAAAACCAGUGAGUUCAAGAAAGAACCCAUUCCGCAGGGCUUUGUCCGAGCCACCCGGUGCCCUGCUGUCCUCAGUCCUCUCUCAAUCUUCUUCAACAUCUGGUACAGCUGGUGCCGAAGCUUCUGGAGAAACAGCUCAGAAAGGCAAAAUCAGAAAGUACCUGCACCAGGUGUCACAGAAACUCAAACGACCACGACUUCAGCCCCGUCAGAGCACCCCCAUCACAGAGAGUGAUGCUGGAGGUGCGGAGGCUGCGCCUGCGGCCAUUGAGCCUGUCCGACUCUCUUGGAGCCCCCCGCAGGAGGUUCCAGUGUGGGACAUCACCUCCUGCGUCCUACAGGAUGGUCAGAUCAUCAUCCCUCGAGAGGAGGAGGCGAUAAUGAGAGCCAGGAACCGUGCAAGCAGCUGUUUGUCCAGUCUCAGUCUGCAGAACCUCAGUGAGAACCACCCCAACCUGGAGUGCACUCCAGACCAUGUAGCUCCUGCAAGCAUUCCUAAAACAAAACUAGAUGGAGGAGUAAAGGCAAAGAUUAAGCGCCGUUUAAAAGGUGAAAACCAGAAGAAACUGAGCACCACACAGCUCAAUGAUGGCCUAGGCCUACAUGGAAGGUCCGCCUCACGGGAAUCUCUGUCUAUUCCUGUGAACGUUGCGGAAAGUCUGGAUCUAAGCACAGACCGCACCACUGUCAUCAGACCGGUGCACAGUUCCAUUCUUGGGGAAAAAUACUGCUUUGAAGUGAUCAACUCAGAGAACAACCACUGCUUUGGCUGUAGCUCAGCUGCAGAAAGGGACAGAUGGAUUGAGAACUUGAGGCGUACUGCCCAACCCAAUAAGGACAACUGUGAGCGUACUGAGAACUCCCUUAGCCUGUGGGUUAAUGAAGCUAAAGACCUCCCCCCAAAGAAGCGUUACUACUGUGAGGUUCAUUUGGAUGGCACACUGUUUGCCCGUACAACCAGCCGUGCUGUGGGCAAGUCAUCUCGCUCAUCCAAUCAAGCAAGUGACGGUUCUACCGGUGGGGGUGCUGGAGCUAGUGGAAAUCAGGGGGGGUGCCACCUCUUCUGGGGAGAGCUGUUUGAGCUGGACAACCUCCCCCCUGUCUCACAGGUCACCCUUCACAUCUUUCGUGACGAUGACCCAAAGAAAAAGCGCCAAUCUAAGGAUGAAUCUGUCAUCCUUCCAUUGGGCAGUGUGGCACUGUCUUUGGCAGAGAUAAAAGGGCGGGCCUUCCAGGAGAAAUGGCACCCUCUUAUUCCCUACAAGCCACCUGGUUCCAGUGGAGUGAAGGACCAGCUGGGACCUCAAGCUUCUCUUCGCAUAAAGGCCCGUUUUCAGAACCUUCUAGUGCUGCCAAUCGAAAAGUACAAGGAAUUUGCAGAAUAUGUCACUGUAGGUUAUGUAGGCAUGUGCAGCAGCCUGGAACCCCUUCUGAAUGUCAGGGACAAAGAAGAACUAGCAGGAGCUCUGGUACAUGUGCUUCAAAGCAUAGGAAAAGCAAAGGAGUUCUUGAUUCAUCUGGGCAGUGCUGAAGUCCAGCGCUUAGGGGAGAAUGAGGCUCUAAUUUUCAGAGAGAACACUCUGGCCACAAAGGCUAUAGAUGAGUACAUGAAGUUGGUUGGGCAGAAAUACCUCAUUGAUACUCUUGGGGACUUCAUUGCUCGACUUUAUGCCUCAUCAGAGAGCUGCGAGGUAGACCCACGGAAAUGCUCUCCAUCUGAUCUCCCUGUCAACCAACAGCAUUUGCAGAAAACAUGUGGUGAAGUUGUGCAGCAAUUUACUGAGAUGCACAGUUCAUUCCCUGUGGAAUUGAAUGAAAUCUUCUCCAGCUGGGUGUCGGACUGUGAGGAACGUGGACGAGGAGAAAUCGGUCACCGCCUCAUUACAGCAUCACUGUUUCUAAGAUUCCUCUGCCCGGCCAUCCUUAGUCCAUCUCUGUUUGGACUCACUCAGCCCUACCCUGAGUCAAAUACACUCCGAACACUCACUCUCACAGCAAAGGUCAUACAGAACCUCGCCAACUUCACCUUAUUUGGCGAGAAGGAAGAAUACAUGCUCUUCAUGAAUGACUUCCUGGAACAGCAUUGGGAGCUCAUGAGAGGGUUUCUGCAGACGGUGUCAAACCCCGACAGCGAGUUGGAUAUGGCGCGUUUUGAUGGCUAUGUUGACCUGCCAUUGCGGCUCGCUGUUCUUCACGCUCUUUUAGUGGAUAUCAUCUCCUCUAUGAAGCAGGAAACAAUAGAUGACCUUCAACCGCUUCCAUCAAUCCUGAACCAGAUUACAGAACACCUCGGUCCAGAUGUUCCACGGAUCACCUGCAGCAGUUUCAGCACUGGAGAGCAAAAACCCACAUAUGUCCCUCCUCGAGAUCUGGCUAAGCACAGUCCGCUAAACAAAUCACUGCAGCACAUUCCUCCUGAUGGCAAACCCAGCUAUAGCAGAGACAGGCAGAGGAAGGUUACAAGAACACAGAGCGUUCCUGCAUCACAAAGGCACCAUCGGCAUCUGAAGAGACAGAUCAGCAAUGAAGAACUGCCCACAAAGCCAGAAGAGCUGCAGCCUGAAGAGAGUGAUGAUAUUCCCAUAGUUAUAUCACCACCAGCUAAAAAUGACGGUAAGAAUACGCCUGCUCCGGUUCCUUGGAUUAAAGUGAGCAACAAGGAACCAAAUCAGUCAAAAAUAGAACAUGAGGAGACAAGCUUGCUGGACAAGCAUGCACAGGAGCUGUCUGAGCUGCGGCUGGGAGUGGAGCAGGGGGCUGAACGUGAGCUGGAAAUGGCAAAGCGCCUGGAGGACUUCAUCAUCCAGAGCCAGGACCAGAAUGCACAGCUUCAAUCUGAGGUGCAGGAGUUGCGGAACCUUCUCACUCUACGCGAAGAACAACUUGCCAGUGCAACUUUCAGGCUGGGGGUUAUAGAGGAGGAGCGGGAGGAGGACGAGAGGAAACUCAGCGUGGCCUUGGCAGCAGCAGACCGUAUGAAUGUUUUGGAGGAACAGUUUGCCAGCCUGCUGAAAGACAUGCAACAGCAAAAUGUGACCCCUAACGACGGUCUGAGAACGUCUUUCAUCACCACUUAACUCCAAGACCGAACAAAAAGCUCUGCAUGCAGAAUUCUAAGCCGAUUCAUCUGCCUGUACAAGCAUGUCAAAAUUCACUCUUGCUAUGAGAGACUACUCAACUUACCACUGCUCUGUCUGACCUUUGCCAUAUGCCAGUCUGCCUGGCUGCAUGUAUAAUGUAUUAAUAAAUAAAAGAUUAUAAUAAAGGUUUACAAUGAAUUGA